AUGGACUACUCGAUGUCACCUCCACCAUAUGAAGCAUCCUCGUACUUUCCGCUCCAAAUUGGUAUGAGGCCCUCAUCCCCCCCAGGCGUGCCGUUCCACGCCUACCAUGUAAGCCUGCCAUCCGGUCCCCCUCCCGGCCUCGUCCGCGUCGAGCGCCCAGCGCCCAGCCCCAUCUGCCGACUGACCAACAGCGAAAUCUCGCUUUUUGGCGAUAUCGCGCUCUACUUUGACCACCCCUACGAUCUCAACGGCCACCCCGUAGUCGUCGACCUCACCUGCACCAUCUGCGCUGACUGCACUCUCGAAAUGCCGGCAAAUGAGUCGGCCCUGCGACCCGGGCUCGGCCCCGAUCCAGUGGUUGAGAGCAUGGUCGAGCCCCUGGCGGUUCUACCCUGCGGCCACAUGUUCGGCAGCCGGUGUCUCGACACCUGGUUAUCGUCCAAGGACGUCUCAGGAGAGGUCCCGACAUGUCCGCAGUGCCGGUUCGAGCUUUACCACCCGGCUCGGAACUGCGGUCACUACCUGGCCCCCAAGCAGUACAGCCCCCAGCUCAGCCGCUCGGACCAGAUACCUUGGACGAUCCCGGAGGGCGGCAGUGUGCCAGGUGAGUGCGAGGCCUGCGUCCGGGCCCAGACGGACUACCAGAUCGAGCGGCUCGAGGAAUUGCUGUUCCCGCAGGUCGGGUUCGAGAACUACCGCUCGGAUGACGACGAGCGGCUAGUUCAGGGCGCUAGGCUGAUGUUUGCCCGCAACGUUGAGAUCAUGCGUCACGAAGUCCGGGAGCGGACGUUGAGGUGGUAA